UGUCAUGAAAGGUUCAGAAUAAUAUACAGCGUUCUCAUUCCUGUGCUACAGCCAAGGAAACAUUUUACAAUGGGAUGCCCCUCUUCUUCCCUUCUACUGGUCGUUCUAUUUGCCAGUGUCCUUGGGUGUGUCUGUAGCUGUGAAGUCAAGAAUGGAACCCAGAACUGUGUUGUAGAAGGAGAGAAGACAGCAGAAAUUUUACCCAGAAAAACAAAAACAAUCGAAAACGAUGUCGUAGAUGAAGAAGUCUGGUCAAAAUUCCGUGGUAAAGAACGAAUGUUUGAACAACAACUAGAGGCUCUCCUUCGAUCUGUACUGGAAAAUGGAUUACCAGCGUUCGGCAUUCCUCCUUUAGACCCCAUUGCGGGUAACAUCUCUAUUGGUGAAAUUGACUUACCGGGUGUGAUAAAACUGGAGUAUCUUGAUUUGGAAGACUGCUUAAUCGUAGGCCUGAGCAACGUUCUGAUACACACACUGUCUUUGCAGUUACUUAAUCUUCAAAUAAUUUUCAAUUUAACGUUCCCACUAGAAGUGACUGCGAACCACACAGAAUUAAGCGUCAUCCUUGGGGAUCUCCUCCCUUUCAAGGUAGAUGGAACUCUGAGUCUAGUUACCGAUCUACGUCUGCAAGGCCUCCUUUCUAUCGGAACGUUAGAGAACAGGACCAUCUAUUUAGAUACGUUAGAAGUCAACAUCUUUUUUGAUUCUUUGGAGGUUGAUAUCGAAAAUAUGAUAGGUCUUACUGGUGGUAAAACAAAGCACAUAUUCAACAAUCUCAUGGGAGAAAUUAUCCCAGAAUUAAUUAAUCUGGUGAAGCCCUACAUUAUGCAUCAAAUCAUCGAGGCAAUUCGGAACGCUGUUAAUUCACUCCUUAUACCGCUGGGACUUACUUUCCAAGAUUUACUGAAUUGCUUCCUGGGUAUUGGAAACUGUCCAUUUGAACUUCCGUGAUACAUAAACAGGUCAAAUGUCAUUUGCCUACUACAGCUGGUAAUGCACGUAUUUAAAAUGUGUACAUAUUUGUAAGAAUGUUUGAUCAUUACAAAUAUUUCUUGUUUAGUAACUGAAACAUAACCUAUAACUCAAACAUUUCGAUGUGCACUGACUAUGAUUUCUUUUGCUCAGGUCAUUUGUUUCACUUGAAUAUUGCACACUUCAUGUGGUAUUAUAUCUUCUUCACUAUUGAGGAAUAUACACAUUAUGUUUCUUGCAACAUUCAAUACUUAUGUUACGUCAUUUUUCAUUAUGAAUUGACAUUUCUCUUUACACAUUGGUGGGCCUAUCAUGUAAUAAGCAUGAAGUUUUUAUUUGAAGAGAUUUUGAAUCAUGCAUUCUAAUAUAGUGCAGUUAAUAAGUUGAACCUAUAUUUGAAUUGUUAGGACAAACACAACGGUAUUCUUUUGUCUUAGAUCAUUAUACAAGGUUAGUAUAAAAGAAAUAGACGCUUUCAACGUUUUAUAGCAACCAAAGUAUUAUUGAUAUGGCCAAAAUACUUACACGGAAUUUAGUAUACUUGUAUAUCUUUAAGUUUGUAUGACUAAGUUACAAAUUUUCUAUGUGUGAGACGUUUGUCAUACGGCAGAUAUCAAUAAAAUAACCCAGUUCGUUCUCAACACCGCUCAA